AUGGUCGCUUACUUUUGUUUAUAUGAGCUGUGUGGAACAAACAAGAAUUCUCAAUUUGAAACUCUCAAAUCUCUAUCUGCAUUCAUUGAUAAGCCUUGGAUCUUGGCGGGGGAUUGGAAUUCGUACCUCAAUUUUGAGGAUAAGAAAGGAGGCAGACCUUUAACCAACACAGCCUUGUCCUCGUUAAAUGAGUUUGCAAAUUCGGCCUGCAUCUCUCCCAUCCAUCAUAGAGGCUAUCAGUUCACAAGGAGCAAUGGCCAGUUUGGAGUUCGCAGGAUUGACGGAAAAUUGGAUCGUGUUUUCUCCAAUGGUAAUUGGUUCAAUCUUUUUCCCAAUGCAACAGUUUCAACUGAGGUAAUGGCUUCAUCAGAUCACAGAGCUAUCAUCUUACAUCCUGAUAGAACUGGUACACGAUCUCCUCAACCAUUUCGGUUUGAAGCACUUUGGCUUCUGGAGACUAGUUUCUUGGACGUAGUUGCUCGAACAUGGUUGUCACGAAGUCCGAGAGGAUCCCCCUCUUUUAUAAUGUCUCGAAAGUUGGUCAAACUCCAGCACUCCCUCAGAGUUUGGAAUCACAGUUAG